AGGAGGGAGCGGUGAGGCGACACGGGCGGGUCUGUCUCAGCAUUCACACCGAGAAACAUCCUCGAAACAGGCGUCAGCAAUGGCGGAAGCCCACCAGGCAGUGGCGUUCCAGUUCACCAUCACCCCCGAGGGGAUCGACCUGCAGCUGUCCUACCAGGCCCUGAACCAGAUCUACCUGUCUGGGGUCCGGUCCUGGAAGAAACGAGUCAGCCGCAUGAGGAACAGUUUGAUCAAAGGCGUCUUCCCCGCCAGCCCUUCGUCCUGGCUCUUCGUGGCGAUAGGAAUCCUGGCCACCAUGUACAUGCAGUCCGAUCCCAGCAUGGGGCUCAUCUCCAAGAUCCAGCAGCACCUUCCUCUGAGCCUCCACGUGUCGCUCAGCUCUCAGGGUCAGACCAUGCUGUCGGCGCUGGUCUUCAGCACUCUGCUGUGGCUCUCGCUCAUCCUGGCCCUCCGGUUCUGCCUGAAGCUGCUGCUGUCCUACCACCACUGGAUGUUUGAACAGCACGGCCGCGUCUCCAACACCACCAAAGUCUGGGUGUCUCUGGUGAGAUUAUUUUCAAGCAGGAAGCCUCUGCUGUACAGCUACCAAACCUCCCUACCUCACCUGCCCGUCCCUGCUAUCAGCGACACUCUCAGCAGGUACUUGGAGUCUGUGCGCCCUCUGUUGACCGAUCCGGAGUUCAAACGAAUGACCAACCUGGCCGGUCAGUUCGAGUCGAAUCUCGGAAACCGCCUCCAGCGCUACCUGAAGCUGAAAGCUCUGUGGGCCACCAACUACGUGAGCGACUGGUGGGAAGAAUACAUCUACCUGAGGAGCCGGGGCCCCAUCAUGGUCAACAGUAACUACUAUGGCAUGGACUUUCUCUAUGUGACGCCGACCCCGGUGCAGGCGGCCCGGGCAGGAAACACCAUCACCGCGCUGCUGCUGUAUCGCCGCAAGGUCAACAGAGAAGAGCUCAAACCGAGUCGUGUUCCAGGUACUGUCAUCCCUCUGUGUGCUGCUCAGUGUGAGAGGAUGUUCAACACAACGCGCACACCUGGAACUGAGACUGAUGUUCUCCAGCACUGGCAGGACAGUGAGUUUGUCGCAGUGUACAACAAGGGCCGCUUUUUCCGGCUGUGGGUGUACCGAGCCGGCCGACUGCUGUCUCCCAGGGAGAUCGAAUACCAAAUCCAGAGGAUCCUGGAUGACCCCUCACCCCCACUGCCAGGAGAGGAGCGACUGGGGGCUCUCACUGCUGGAGACAGAGUUCCAUGGGCUCAGAUCAGGAAGCAGUACUUCAGCUCCGGUGUCAACAAACGCUCGCUGGAUGCCAUCGAGCGCGCGGCCUUCUUCGUCACCUUAGACGAUGAAGAGCAGGGCAUGAAGGGGGACGACCCCGCAGGGAACUUGGACCGUUACGCCAAGUCUCUUCUCCAUGGGAAGUGUUACGACAGGUGGUUCGAUAAAUCUUUCUCCAUCGUGAUAUACAAAAACGGAAAGAGCGGCCUGAAUGCCGAGCACUCGUGGGCUGAUGCACCAACAGUGGCUCACCUUUGGGAGUACACUUUGGCCACCGACGCCUUCCAGCUGGGCUACACCGAGGACGGUCACUGCAAAGGCGAAGUGGAGCGCUCGCUCCCACACCCUCAGAGGCUGUCCUGGGAGAUCCCCUCAGAGGUGCAGGCUCAGGCGAGCAGCUCCUUGGCCGUCGCUCAGGCCCUGGCAGAUGACGUGGACUGUCAUGUGUUCCCCUUCCGGGAGUUCGGGAAAGGUCGGAUCAAGAAGUGCCGGAUCAGCCCCGACGCCUUCAUACAGAUCAGCCUGCAGCUGGCGUACUUCAGGGAUCGUGGCGGUUUCUGUCUGACUUACGAGGCGUCGAUGACGCGUCUGUUCAGGGAGGGACGGACGGAGACGGUGCGGUCCUGCUCCAACGAGAGCUGCGCCUUCAUCAGAGCUCUGGAAGGGCGAGAGACCGAGGACCAGUGCAGACGUCUUUUCCGAAAAGCCUCCGAGAAACACCAAAACCUUUAUCGCAUGGCGAUGACCGGCGCGGGAAUCGACCGACACCUUUUCUGCCUCUACGUGGUUUCCAAAUACCUCGGGGUCGAGUCGGCUUUCCUCAAAGAGGUUUUGUCGGAGCCCUGGCGCCUGUCCACCAGCCAGACCCCGGUUCAGCAGAUGGAGCUGUUCGACCUGAAGAAUCACCCCGACUUCAUCUCGCUGGGCGGCGGAUUCGGACCUGUCGCCGAUGAUGGCUACGGCGUCUCGUACAUCAUCGUGGGGGAGGACAUGAUCAACUUCCACGUGUCUUCGAAACACUCCUGCAAGGAAACUGACUCGCACCGGUUCGGCGCUCAGAUCAGCAGAGCCCUGCAGGACAUCAUGACGCUCCUCUCAGCAGACGCCAAAACCACCUCCUCCUCCUCCUCCUCCUCCUCCUCCUCCUCCUCCUCCUCCUCCUCGUCCUCCAAAGACAAGAAGCUCCUCUGAGCUCGGCCCCCCAGUUUAAGAUCAGUUUCUCGUGGCAGCAUUACAGGUUCGCUACGUUUUUGAGGCGGAAGAGUCGUAAUUCAGAGCGAUCCCGCUCUUCAGCUGCUUCUGCUUAUGAUGAAUAUGUUCAGCUUUAAAAAGCAUUAAGUUUCAAGCUUAACUUGGUCCCUUGACUUUAUAUUUGUUUUUUGUUUUUUUUAAGCUCCAACACAUCCAGAUUUUAGUUUUUCAAUGUCUUCAUGUAUCAAUGCAAACGGGCUGCAGCCCCCCUGCUUUCUCUGAGAUUAUGAAGCCCGUGGUGGUGGAUUUAAUGAAGAAAGAGGAGGGCAAAGGUCAUCGCAAGGGAAUGAGGGAGGUGUUUUAAGUAAGUUCAGAUAAAAAACGUUGAGGCAAAAAAGGUGAGAAGCCUUCAGAAUGAUUUGUCUGUUACACAAUCACUCUUGAAGGCUGCUCUCAGCUCGCUUCAUUAAAGGGAGGAAAAAGGGAGGUCUGACCAGAUUAGACACGCUAUUUAAUACUGUCAGCUCAUGAAAGGAGUCAGUCGGGACUGGAGGUUUACAAGAUAGACGAUGAAAGUCUCACUUUUUUUCCUUCUUAAAUGUACGUUUAUUUUUGUUUGUUUUUGUCUUCCUCGUCGUCUGAUCUCUGGUUCACUCUUCACUUCAGUAAUUCAGGAUUGGACGUGAUUUUAGCUGCUCUCACGAGUUCAAACAUAGCAGGAUGCACAAGGAGAACAAUAAAUCAGUAACAGCUCACGACACAGUGAAAGUGAAAACCUCUUCUCGACGAAAGGAACCCGCUACAUGUUCUCACAGUUGUCAAUCCCGUAUUACUCCUUCCAUAAUUACCACUCUGCUGUCUUUGUGAAAGCCGUUGGCUGUCAGUCAUUGAAAACUGGGCGUUGCCCAAUAACGGUAUGUCUCAGCGAGGAAACGUGUGGCUUCGGAGUCUUGUUGUCACAUUCAUUCACAGAUUUCUUUUGUGCAAGCUGCACAACUUCCAAAUCAAUCAAAUACUUGAGUAUUGUUGUGAGUAAUGCACUCUUCACCGUGUCUACAGUAGGAAUAAAAGACGUGUGUUAAAUCCCUGUCGCGCAUGUUCAGCUUUCAUAUCUGAGCCCAUAAGAGAAAUAACCCGCGUUGUGAAGAUGAAGGAAAAGCAGCAGUGGAAGCAGAGAGUUUCGUCCCUGGCAGGAUCAUUUCAUCAUUUCCGUUCUCCUGUAAAGGAUUUCGUGAGCACCGUUUUGCUUCCAUCGACCAGAUUUUCCUCAUUUUAACAACAGCUGUUUCCAGUUACGUUUCUGUUCCUGGUGCCGGACGCUAAAUUUAGCCAACUGUUUCACAGUGCAGGCUGCGUUUGAGCCGAGAUCCGGUGACGAUUAAACAUCGGCAUCUUUUCUCACGAUGCAUUCAGGAAGUACAGAUCACUUUUUUAUUGUUUUUUUUAACUUUGUAAUGUCGACUGUGUAUUAAUGAAUAAGGUGUACAUGGUUUUUAAUGUUAGUGUGGAUAAUGAAAGCAGUGAAACAAGUCAAAGGAGAGCACUAAACCUUCCUAGUGCUUUCUCUUUCUUGCCUUGAGGGUUUUUUUUUUCUUUUUCGUUACAAUUGUCUGCGAAUGGCCCUUUAGUUUCUUCUCCUCGAGUUAUUUACAGCCUGCUCGUCAACAGAUGCAUAUAAAACAAUUCCUAGAAAUCCACCCAGCAGCCAUUACGUGCUUUUAAUCUGCUUCAGACGUGCUUUGACCCGUUUCACUCAAGCCGGCAUCUUCAUCUGCUUUCAUGUUCUUCCAACAGUUUCUGUUGUCUUACACCACAUUUUCCACUACUUGUCUGAUAGAUUUCCAUACAUUUGUCCUGUGAUGAACUGUAAUUCAUCCCUUUUACUUUAGGAAAGUAUCAGUGUCCCUUUCUUUUUUUGUGUGGUUAGUCUGACACUCCGUUGAGCAGGUGUACCUCACCUCGUAGCUGGAUUUCUCUCUGGUUUUGGUGCAUUUGGGUGCUCCGAUUAAAGAUUUACAGAUCUGUGUACUUUGAAUCUGCAGGAUCCUCUUCCUUCUCCCAGCAGCGCGCGUGCCUCCAAUUCAAGUGUUCACUCCGCCAGAACUGUGACUCCAUGCAGUUCCUUCAAUCAAUGCAAUUCCUCCGGGAAACUUUGGACGAUUAACCGCGUCCUGUAAUUUUUGUUUUUCUGAUUGUAUCAAAUCAUCCUCCGGUGUUGGUGCUAGAAGUUAGCGGCUCAUUUCCCAAACUUUGGACUGCUCCUUCAGCCUUUUUGUAUUCAACACGAAACCUUUUACAGCUACAACUCCUCUACCUCUCUCUCCACCCAGUCGUUCUCCAGCAUCCAUGUGAAUUCUGAAGGGACUUUAUCGGUGCUACUUCUUAUUCCAGGUCCUCCUUCAGAUUUUCUCACGACAGUGUGUUUUUGGGAAGAUAGAACAAAGAGAGCAUGUUUUAGGACACUGGAGCGUGUUUGUUUCCCUCGAAAGGAGCUUCUCGUGACAUUUCUGCAUUUAAAAGUGUACUAAUGUUCGCUUAUCUUCUUCAUGCCACGGCCUGAAUGAAAAAACCACACCGUGCCUGGACCUGACUCACCGAUUCAUCUUAAGCUGUUAUUUAUUCAUCUAGUCAUUUUCUUUAUGCGCCGCUAUUAUAUGACAGGCUGCUAAUGACACUAAUUACCUCCAUUCCAGCUGGUUCUUCUCUCUUUAAUUUACCCAGAGAUAAAAAAACAAAACAAAACACAGAAUUAAGGUUGAUAAAGAUCAAUUUGGCUCACUCCAGAUGAACAGCAGGGAAAUUACUCAUUUCCUAUUUGAUUGUGUAAAAUACAGUCACAUGAGAUCUGUCUGUACAAAAAUGUCAAUUUUACUGUGUCAACCAGCAGUUAUUUACCUUUUUUGAUCAUAGCGUUCGUAAGGACAACGCUCUCUCAUACAGAUGUCAGUGUUGAAUUUCUCUCCCGCUGGGAACGUCUCUUACUUUCCAUAGAAUUAGCAAAACUCACGCCACAAUUAAAAUGUGAAGCAUUUUCCUCUUAACACAUGAGUAAGAACUUUUUCAUCAUGAACAACUCAAAAUGAUCUCAGUUCUCAGUAGAAAAAAAUUCCUGGGGCCUCUUCGUCUGCUCCUUCUUCUUCUUCUUCUUGAGCACAUCCUGUUGGAGUCAGUGAAGUUUCUCAACAGCUUGGACGACGAGCCACUCAAAAGAAAAUCAGCAAACAUCCCUCAGCACGUUUACACUUCAUCUUACUUCAAACUAACGAGCGAUCUGCUUCUUUCAUUGUUGUUUUUUUUUUUUAUUACGUUCCUUCUGAUUGUUUACUGAUUUCCAAGACAACUCUGACUGUGUUGGGUCUUUCUUGCUCGGAGCCUUUAUUUAAAUGUCAGUCGUUGACUGUGUGAAGACAAUUC